CCAAGUAAGUCUUAGGGGGCAUGCCUUUAAAUAAGUCUACUUCCUGGAAAUAAAGCAAUGUUAUGUAAAGAAUGAUCAUUGUUUUCUACUGCAGAAAAGGUCGGAAUUUAUUUCUCGGCCGAAAGAAUGUUCAUUUUACUUUUAUAUUGCCGAUAACGGUUCGUAAGUUUUAAACGUGCUUGCAGCUGUUUGUCAAAAAUGAGUGGACUCAAAAUUUUAUGCAUCAAGUUGGGAAUUUUGUCAAGCGUUUUUCGAGAAUAUUAUAUAGAUGCUCAAUGGUGCACUGGAAGGAGAGUCGAAGCUAUUUGCAACAUACGGCCAGACCCGACGGUACCUGAUAAUCCGAUCACUGGUACAGUGAGAUUCACACAAACAGUGGCAUGUUUCAACACCCUAAGACUGCCUUAUCUUCGGGUACAAGGGGAGAUCACCGGUUUCAAUCAAAGUGAAAAUAUUCGUAGACUCGGUUUUCACGUUCACGUGAAAGGGGACUUAAGUGAUGGAUGUCGAUCAAUGGGGUCACACUAUAAUCCUUUGAGCACAGUGCACGGUGGUCCUGCGGACGACGAGAGCCGCCGACAUGUAGGAGACCUCGGCAACGUUAUUGUAGAACGGUGGGGAAAUGUGACAAUUAAUUUCAUAGCCCCUUAUCCUGUAUCCCUAUAUGGCGACUUGUCUAUCAUCGGUCGAGGAAUUGUGCUUCACGAGGGUGAGGACGACCUGGGACGCGGAGGGAAUCCUGGCAGCACUGCGUCCGGCAACGCCGGGGCCCGUAUAGCAUGCUGCAUUAUUGGAAGAGCUUAAACUAAAAGAACGUAUUUUCGAGCGAAUCGACUGUCAAUUUGUUAAAAAAGGAACUUAUUUCGCACAACGCGCUUUACCAUAAAAACAAUCUGCACGCUUCUAAUGUAUCAUGUAUAUGUGGUCCGCGACAGCAAACUAUUAAAAAUAUUUCAGAU